UAUAUUACCACUAAAUUUGUAUUUUGUAAACAGAAACAUACUGACGCAAAAUUGUUUUUGAGUUUAUUAUUUAUUGCUUAAAAGCAUUUUAAAUUUUCUCAGUUGCAGACAACGGACGCAGUUUAACAACUUGAAAUGUUUUUGAAACCGAAUAAUAUUCGAAUAAUUAGUAAAUGGACUUCUAGGGAAAUAUCGUCAUGCACUAUCUUCUACAAUAAAAAUAGCAAUCAUUGGAGGGAGUUAGGUCAUAAUCCAAAUUCAUUUGGCCCUUUGACAAACCUUCCAGAUUAUACGUAUAUGGAUGGUAGACCUACACCAUUGGGAUGCAAUAUGAAAAAACGGCUGGAUAAACAAAAGGAAAUAGCAAAAAAGAUUGUAGAUCUAAAUAAAGAACUAGCAUUUGCUAAGGAUCGACAUAUCCGAUUACAAAAAGAAAAAUCUGAGCUUAUUGAGAAACAAGUAGCGGCGCAAUUAAAACCAAAAGGACAUUUGUUAAAAUAAACUUAUUUACUUAUCUAGUUAAUUUUAAUAAUUAUGAUUCAAUAUUUAAAUAAAAAUAUGUACAAAUUAUUGAAUUUGUUAUAACUAAGGCAUGUGCAUUUAUU